CCCGCGGUCACCGCAGCGAGACUGAGCCUGAACACGGAGGAAGGAACAACGAGCCAAACGCGCUGGAGGUUUGCAAUGCAAGCAGCCUUUCCAGGUUUCUUUUCCUCUUUGCUCCCACCCUGCUGCUGGAUUUGAGAUCAUGUCGGUUAAUAUUGUAGCUUUUGGGAAUGAAAGAGAUGGUUUUUCUGAGGACAAUCAGCAGCCCAGCCUGAUCUGGAGCUAUCUCGGGAGAAGUGCUCUCAUUUCCCAGAUCGACAGCAGCUUGUCUGCCAGUCAUGUUGGAAACCCAGUUUUUACUGAGUAUCAAGCCUGCAUAUUUGGAAAUGUCAGACUGGUGGUACACGACUGUCCCGUCUGGGAUAUAUUUGACAGUGACUGGUACACUUCCUGCAGGCUCAUUGGAGGAGCUGAUAUUAUUGUGAUUAAAUACUCUGUCAAUGACAAGACUUCAUUUCAAGAACUAAAGGACAGCUAUGUUCCAAUGGUAAAAAAAGCACUAAAUCACUGCUCAGUUCCAGUAAUAAUUUCUGCUAUUGGUGCAAGAAAAAACGGAGUGCCUUGCACUUGUCCCCUGUGCACUUCAGACAGGAGGAGCUGUGUCACAACCUCUGAGGGAGUCCAGCUUGCAAAGGAACUCGGAGCCACUUACCUUGAACUGCACACUCUUAAUGACUUCUACAUCCAGAAAUACUUUGGAGGAGUGCUUGAAUAUUUUAUGAUCCAAAGUUUGAAUCAGAAGUCAUGCGAAAAAAUGAAGAAAAGGAAAAAGACACAGAAGUGCCGUCGAGUCCAACCACCUCAACUUGAACAGCCAGAAAAGAUGCCGAUCCUAAAGGGUGAAGCCUCGCACUACAAUGCAGACCUGCACAACCUGCUCUGCUGCUGCCAGUGUGCAGAUGUGGCCUUCUACCCUGAGGAUCUCAGCACGGUGGUGGAGGCUCACAAGAUCAUCCUCUGCUCUGUAAGCCACCUCUUCAUGCUGCUGUUCGGGGUGAAGAGCCCGUCUGACGUGCAGGACACUUCUGUGGUGCAGCUGGCGCAGAGCCUCUUCGCGGUGCAGGCAGGGGAUCCCUUCCCCUCCUCCCCCCGGGGUGUGCCACCCUGUGUCCCACCAGUCAGGGUGGUGGUGAAGGACUCUGUCUUCUGCUCUUGUCUCUCAGAUAUCCUCCACUUCAUUUAUUCAGGUGCUUUCCAGUGGGAACGAUUAGAAGAGGACAUAAGAAAGAAGCUGAAGGAUCCAGAUAAAACAGAACAUGUGCUUGAGAAAGUUAAAUGCAUCCUGAAAACUCCAGGAAAGCUUAGCACUAUAAAGGACUGCAAGUCUCACCAGAUAAAACGGCUCUAUAAUACUUCUCUCAGGCUAUUCUUUAACACACCUGUGCUGGCUGAUGUAAUCUUCAAAAUACAAGGUGCAACUGUUCCAGCCCACAGGGCAGUUCUGGUGGCUCGCUGUGAGGUUAUGGCAGCUAUGUUUAAUGGUAAUUAUCUAGAAGCAAAUAGCAUUCAGGUUCCAGUGUAUGGGGUUUCCAAAGACACUUUCCUGUCUUUCCUAGAGUACCUUUACACUGACUCCUGCUGCCCAGCCAGUAUUCUCCAGGCGAUGUCUCUGCUGAUCUGUGCAGAGAUGUACCAAGUGAUGAGACUCCAGCAUAUUUGUGAACUUUACAUCAUCACUCAGCUUCAGAGCAUGCCUAGCAGGGAACUGGCUUCCACAAGCCUCAGUAUUGUUAACUUGCUCAAAAAAGCUAAGUUUCACAAUUCUGAUUGCCUUUCAACUUGGCUUCUUCAUUUUAUUGCCACUAACUACCUCAUCUUUAGUCAAAAGCCUGAAUUUCAAGAACUUUCAGUGGAAGAGCGCAAUUUUGUAGAGAUGCACCGAUGGCCUUCAAACUUGUACCUGAAGCAGCUUGCUGAUUACAGGAACUAUAUCCACUCCCAGAAAUGCCACUGCACAGUAAUGUAAAGAGACUUGAGUACAUACAAAGUACAUUUCAACUGCAAAAUUUCAGAUUGGGGAUUAUAUAGAAUACAAAAACCAUGUCAAGAGUGAAACCCAAUGCUCACCUCCUCUGGAAAUUACAGACAUUCUUUGUUUUGCUAACAAAUCACUAAUUUUUACCUUGAAACAUUGAGAAACAUAUGUUGAUUUAUUUUAAGCACAAGGACUUCAUAUUCAUGGGGAUUAAAUGUAUUACGGGACAGUGCCAUGACUGGCAUCUGCUUCCCUUUCUAAUUUCCUUUUUGUUGAUUUUAUUGUUUUUCAUGUUUAUUUGUGGCUACUAAACUGAGUCUCUUGAAAAUAGAGUGGUUUUGUACAUCUGUGUGUAAUAGAAGCAUAGGAGUACAGUAGCAGUGCAGGGAAGCUGAGAAGCCAGGUCAUAAGUUCUUCAUAUACUUCAGGAUGCAAAAAUUUUCUGCAGCAUUUUUUAGUUCACAAUAUAUUGGGUAGGCUUAAGAAGCAUUGUAGUUACUACUAAUUUAUUACUCCAGAGAAAGCCUGUAGUUCUGUUACAACCCUAUGAGUAGAUAUUUUAAUUCCAGAGGAAUGCCUAUGCAUCACGGUAUUCUCUAGUGCCUCCAAAUAUCUAAAGAAUGACAUCAUUUUUCCUGCCAGUAGGUAGGAGAAGAAAGCCUGUUUUCACAAUCUGCAGAACACCUUUGUUAUUGUGGUCAUAUUGCAUUUCUCACCAUGAGAAAUAAAGAGAGGGAAAAGUACGUAUGCUCAGAGCAUAUCUGUAUGGUACUGAAGGACAGGGAAGAAAGGCAGAGGGGUCAACAGUCUUUCUUGGGGUUUGAGCAAAAAAACUCACUAGUAGAAGUGGCUUUUUGGGGAAAAGUGUGUCUAGUAAUCAUAGUCACCACAAUGCAUGUUAGAUGUGCUGGCCAUGAGGGAGAUGACCCUCACAGAUUUGGGAUGUUGGCUUUUGUGGUGGGACUUUGAGCUCAAACCUCCCCAGCAGGAACUCAGUUAACGUUUAGUUAUCAUCGUGUGCUCAUAAGCUACACCAUGUGAGACAAACCUAGCUGUGGAUCUAUUCUGAGACACAAGAGAAAAACCCAGAAUAUUAUGACCGGCACAAACCUUGCAGAUGCUAUUUAUCAUUUUCUUGACCAAAACAACUUGUCAUGCUGCUGACUUGUAUAUACAUGUGCUAAUGCCAAAAUGAACUGAGCCUUUUCCUGAGCAUAGGUGCUUUUCUAGAAGCAAAAUCUAAUCAAGGAACUAAACGCCUCAUUAUCAUUCUUGUACUUUCAGUUCUGGCUUUUCAUCUUCCUUUGUAAUGUGGUAUGUAGCCUGAGACUGUGGCAUUUCUACCACAUCAAAUGUAUCUGGAAACUGCAUCUAUGAGAAGGUGGAAAAACAAAUUGCUGGAGCUGAAUCUUUUUUUUUUUUAAGGUACAAGAAUUGUUAUAUUUUUCAAUACUGUUUUCUAGAUAAAUUGUUCUUUUCAAAUUCCAUUCUAGAGUCGUAGAGAUUUUUUUUGGUGAUACUUUGCAGAACUUCAGAGGGUAUUUCCUUCCCUAUUUUUGUAUACACACAAAAUAAAAAAGAGUUUAUGACUCAGCUGGCUGCUGCAGACUCAAAAUUCCAAGGUUCCUUUUAGGCAAGAAUGAUUUAAAAAAAAACCAAAAAACUCUGCAUCUGCAGAUCCUAAAGUUAUUUAAAAGAUGAAUAUACUUAUCUACAUCUUGCAUAUAGGGAGCCCAAAAUAUAGAAAAUGAUAAUACUUUUUCAAGAUCAUGAAAGAAAACUGAAAUUAUUAAACAAAAACUUAGUAGGAAAGUAAUUCGUAUGGAACUUACAACUGAAAAAAAGUAGUUUUUAUAGUUAUAUAGUUAUCAAAAAUUUAAGCAAAAAUUAAAUUACUGGAUAGAUAUUAACAAAACGGUAAGUUUUUUGAAGCUUAAAGUCAUGGAAAAAUUUGUGCAUACAGUUAAACUACAGCUUAUCUAGACAUCUGAUAGCAUCCUUGGGUGCUUCUACCAGAAGUCAGCUCAAUUAUCAAAAGUAGGGAUUAAAUGCUUCAUACUGACAACCUGUGCAAAAGUGACUCAAAAGCUCUGUAAAUAUUAGUCUAAGCUUCAUGUAGUCCUGCAUUUUUAAUAUUUUGAAAGCUUUCCCAGUGUUUUCACUAGGAAUUAGUCUGUUGCCAAUGAUUUGUGUAUAGAUAACACAUAAGAAAGUACUGGUUUUAAUAUCUGUAAAUGUUUUAUAGGUAUUUAAAAUAGGCUUAAUGGAAAUAUAAACACUUUAUAUCCAAACCAGAGAAAAAUUUUGCUAUUAUGCAUUUUAGACAAUGAUAGCCACAGGUUUUAUACAGACAAGUUACGCAGUAUAAAAUAUUUAGUAUUUAUUCAGAGAUUCAGAGACUAAUGCUUACUACUGUUCAGACAAUAAACCAAGUUUCCAUUUUACUGUGUAUCCCCAUAAUGCUGCCUGUAUCAGGUGCAGAUGUGUUGUACUUGCAGACAUACACCAUCUGAUAAAUUUUAAGUCUUAGAAAAAAUCUUACUAGACAUUCUUACUUUCAUUCUGUAAGAUGAUUUUCUGUAGAAACAUAUGUACCUUAGAGCUAUUUUUAAACCUUUUUUAGCAUUUGGAAACAUGACUGAAAGUAGCUAAUGAUGCUUUGUGAGUGGCUAUUCUUAGCUGGUUUUAGUGGAGGCUUUAGGGCUGUAUCCAUCGCAGAUAGUCAGGAAUUAGGGAAGUACUGAAUUUGGUAUUUAUUUAUAACUGUGUAUGGCAUAAGGUAAAAACUGCUUUGUUAUAAACCUCUCACUUUAUACUAUGGUAUAAAGUAAAAAUUAGGAACCAAUUGGAAAAAAAAAUGUUAAUUAAGGAAGUGGUUUUUAAAAUAUAAAAUGUUUCUGGAAUUCUUCCACUGGUUCCAACACCUCCCAAACUCCCCUGGCACUGGCAACAUUCAGAUGAAAGAAAGAGGUCAGUGAUUAAUUUGGAUGUCCCUAGGCAGUACCUAUAGCAUUUGAAAUUAUAUAUUUAGGCUUAAGUUUUAGACUUAAUUUUUGCUAUCCUAUAUAUGUGUGUUCUUGUCCCAAACUAGCACUAAGCUUUACAGAGACUAAAAAAGUGUUUUUCUGCACUAGGAAGGUUUUCCAAUGAUAGUCAGAAAACCUUUACUGUUGUCCUUAAGCUAUGGUGUGGUUGAUUUGAAGAAAAAAAAUGCAAAAAACAAACAAACAAACAAACAAAAACCCAACCAAUCAAAAAAACCCCCCACCAACCUCUUAGAAAAAAUAAUAACUAUUUUAUUAGGCACGUCCUGAAACUCUUGUAUGUUUUUCUUUUAAUGUACCCUGACUAAAUUACACAUUUUUAGAUUGAAUAUGUAAAAAUUUUGAUACAAAAUUAAAAAAAAAGUUCUCUAA